AUGGCCCCCAAUCGCUUAGCCCUUUCGCCUGCAGCUCCAGCUCGCCUCGCAAUCGAGGAGUAUGUCUUGGGUGUGGAAGCGAGAGGCUAUACACUGAUCGGUGGCAAUGACCCCAAUUCGGUCUUCACAGAAUCUUCACAGAAGGAAAAGGUGCCGUUUGCUUGUCGCCCGACCUGCGUAUUUACUGUAGAAGCCGGUCACGGUUCUUCACAGAGCACAAGUCUUCAUCGCCAAGAGGACGGUGUGGAACCUGUGAUAGGUGUCGAUCGGGAUACGGGAAGCGUGUUGGCAUCGCCGUGGUGA